CACCGGCAACGGUGGAGGGUUGGGGUGGGGGUGGGGGGGGAAGGAAGGGGGAGAAAGGGAGCGUCACGACACCAUGUCGGGUCGCGACAGCGCGUCGGGUCGCGACAGCGUGCAGAUCCCCGACGACCGGGAUUUCGGGGCGUUCCGGGCGGAGUGCGAGUCGGAGCGGGGCUGGAGCCUCACCUACAGCAAGGCGGGGGUGGCCGUCUGGGUCCAGCUGCUGGAGCCCGAGCGCUCCCUCCAUAAGAUCAAGUGCAGGAUGGAGUGCAAGGACGUGCCGGCGGAGACGCUCUACGACGUGCUGCAUGACAUCGAGUAUCGGAAAAAGUGGGACACCAACGUCAUCGAGACCUUUGACAUCGGGAAGCUGACCGUCAACUCCGACGUGGGCUACUACGCCUGGAAGUGCCCCAAGCCCCUGAAGAACCGGGACGUCAUCACGCUCCGCUCCUGGCUGCCCAUGGGCACCGACUACAUCAUCAUGAACUACUCCGUCAAGCACCCCAAUUACCCCCCUCGGAAGGACAUGGUGCGAGCGGUCUCCAUCCAGACGGGCUACCUGAUCGAGGGGACGGGAGCCAAGAGCUGCACCAUCACCUACCUGGCACAGGUGGACCCCAAAGGUUCCCUGCCGAAAUGGGUGGUGAACAAAUCCUCGCAGUUCCUGGCCCCCAAGGCGAUGAAGAAGAUGUACAAAGCUUGCCUGAAGUACCCGGAGUGGAAGCUGAAGCACAACCCGCACUUCAAGCCCUGGCUGUUCCCCGAGCAGAGCCGGCUGCCGGCCCUGCCGCUCUCCGAGCUCUCCCUCCAGCACGCCGACUCCCUGGAGAACAUCGACGAGAGCUCCCUGGCCGAGACCAAAGAUGACCGCGGCGAGGCCAGCGAUGAGGACAGCGUUAACUGAGCCCCCCAACUCCCCCCCCCCCCCCCCCGGGGCUGUUUUGUCCCUGUCGUCCCCCCCAAAGCAGUUUGUGUCUCUCUCUUGCACGCACCUACACGUGCACCCAUGCUUCUGGCUUGGGAGGGGGGGGGGGUCUGCUGCCCCCCUGCCCGGGGACAGGGGGGGCCGUGCUGGGCUCCCCACCUGGGUGAUGGCUGCCAUCCUCCCCCCCAUCCCAGGGUGGGAAGCCGGGGGGCAUCUGGUCCCUUCGCAGCCACCGUGGGACACCGAUGUCGUCCCCAUCGGUGGCAAACCCAAAGUGCCCUUCCGUUCUCGCCCCUGGGGGGGGGGGCAGAGGAGAGUGGGGGGCCCUGCCCCUGCCCCCCAGCCCUGGGGGCACCCCCUCACCCCUUCCCCGUGCUCCCCCCCACUCCCCUGUCCCUCCUCCCUGUCUUCCUCUGUUAUCGUUUAACAGAACUGCCUUCCUCCCAUGGGACCCCCGCCCAGAGCGAACCCCCAGAAGUGGGGGGGGGGCUUGGGGGUCUUCCCACACCUCCGGGUGUGCAAAGGGGUCUUCAGGGGCUCCUGGCAUCUCCAGGCAUGCAGGUGGGGGCUUGGGGGGCUCCUGGCUUGUCCAAGCAUGCAGGGGAGGCUUGGGGGGGUCCCAGCACCUCCAGGCAUGCGGGGGGGGGGGGUGGCUUUGGGGUCUUACAGAACCUCCAGGCAUGCAGGGGGGGUUGGGGGGGCUCCUGGUACCUCCACAUGUGCUGGGGGGGGUGGGCUUCUGGCACCUCCAUGCAUGUUGGGGACUUGGGGGGCUCCCGGCACCUCCAUGCAUGUUGGAGGGACUUGGGGGGCUCUUGGCACCUCCAGGUGUGCUGGGGGGUCUUGGGGGCUCCCAGCAUCUUCAGGCAUGUUGGGGGGACUUGGGAGGGCUCCCAGCACCUCCAGAUAUUCUGGGGGUCUCUGGGGGCUCCAAGCAUCUUCGGAUAUCUCCAGAUGUUCUGGGGGCUCCUGGCACCUCCAGGAAUGUUGGGGGGACUUGGGGGUCUGCUGGCACCUCCAGGCGUGCUGGGGGUCUCGGGGGGCUCCUGCCCCGCCCCCCUUUUCCAGGCAAGGAGCCCCAAGCUCGGUGUUUGAACACUUUCUACGCUAGAAUUAGAGGCCUUGAAUCGGGAUUUUGGAGCUGUUCCUUGGCUGCCCUCCCGCCCCCCUCCUUUGCUUGGGGCGGCGAGGGGAGGAGGGAGAUUUUGUACCUUGUACCGGAGCUGAUUAUUUAGGAAUAAAAGAAAUAAAUCCA